GAGAAUUCUUCUAUGAUAAAGAGUGACACGCUCAUCUUCAACAAACAUCUUCAGUUAUUUGAGUUUCAUCCUGUAAAAAUGGAAACUAAGCCUACAGAAAUCAGCAGCUCCAAGAUGUUUGGAGGUUACAACAAGAGAUAUAAACACUUGAGCCCAACACUUGGUUGUUCUAUGAAUUUCCACAUCUUUUUCCCUCCUUCAACUUCCCCUUCUCACAAGUUCCCUGUGCUUUACUGGCUCUCUGGCUUAACUUGCAUGGACGAGAACUUUAUAGCUAAAUCUGGUGCUCAACGUGCUGCUUCAAGUGAGGGUGUUGCGCUGAUUGUUCCUGAUACAUCUCCAAGAGGCCUGAAUGUGGAAGGAGAGUCAGACAGCUGGGACUUCGGUGUAGGUGCUGGUUUCUAUCUAAAUGCUACACAAGAGAAAUGGAAGAACUGGAGGAUGUAUGACUAUGUGGUCAAAGAAUUGCCGUCACUUCUUGAAAACUUUCCCAACUUCUUUUUCCUCCUCCAUUUCAUCCUUCAAUGGCUCCUGUGGUCUACCCCUUCUCCUGACUGAUAUCUUUUCUUCUUUGCCACUUCCAAGAUUCUCGUGAACAUAUUUCAGUACAAAAGAUGAGGGCAUAAAGCACUGAAACUAUAAAGUAAAUUCGAUACUUGGCGAGCUUUGAGUCAUACAAGUAGACAUAGUGACCAAACUGAUCCCUGACUUGUGUCUAAUAAAUCAAUCAAAUGUCAUUCUACAUCGAAGAUGAUCAUCUAAGAUCAUAGAAUACCAUAUAGGCACCAACUGUAGCUAUUGCUACGUAUAAAAGGGAUAAAAAGGACAGAAAGAUAAAGAGAAUAAAAAGUUGUUUGUCAUUCAACAUAAAAAUAGGAAAUGAGAAUGCACGGUACUAAAUAGGACUCCUCUGCUAACAGACUAGGACACUUGGCAGCCAACUACAUAAGCCAUGUUUAUAGACUUAAAGAUAAAUAACUAGGGACUAAAGUAAUAUAAACUAGACAAAGACUCCAUAACAUAAAUAAGAAAACUAAUAACCUAAACUACCCUUCUUGUUAAUCCCAACUCGUAACAAUCACAUCCUCCGUUAAAGAACCUUGAUGACAGUCAAGGUUGAAAUGUAGGGAAUUGAGAACGAAGGAAAUUAAUAUCCUCCCAUGUUGCUUCUUCAGAAGAUAAGUUCGCCCACUGCACCAAUACCUUAAUUGCCACCUUAUUCUUCUUCUUCUUCUUCGCCAUGCGUCGAUCUAAGAUUGCCACUGGUUCCACCAAAAUUUGGCCUUCAUUGUUGCAUAUUAGGGGAUCAAUCAAUGAUGCAGUUGGAUUUCCAACCUUCUUAUUAAGUUGCGACACAUGAAACACUGGGUGAAUCUUCGACCCGAUGGGUAAUCAAAGCUCAUAAGCCACUUGGUCAAUUCGUCGCAAAAUCUGAUAUGGGCCAUAGAAUUUCGAAGCUAACUUCAAAUUCUUACAAAUAGCUACCGACGUCUGUCGAUAAGGUUGCAAUUUGAGGUAUACCCAAUCCCCUUCUUCAAAAACUCUAUUUGUUCUUUUUGAAUCGGCGUAAAGCUUCAUCCUUUCCUGAGCUUUCUUUAAAUUCUCUUGCAGAACCUUACUCAUGAUUUGCCUCUGUUUUAACAUUUCAUCCACGGAGUUCACUUUGGACUGAGCCACCAGCUCAAAUGUAGGUAAAGGAGGAUCGAAACCAUACAAAGCCUUAAAAGGAGACAUUUGAAUUGCAAAAUGAUCGGUCGAGUUAUAAUAAAAUUCUGCUAAGCUCGACCACUUACUCCAAUUUAUUUGUUUAUGACCCGUCAAACAACGAAGGUACCCUUCCAAACACCUAUUGAGCCUUUCCGUUUGUCCGUCUGUCUGUGGAUGAUAGGCAGAACUUAGCUUAAUUUGCACUACCAUGCCCUUAAAAUUUUCCUUCCAGAAUAAGCUAACAAAUAUAUGGUCCCUAUCAGAGACAAUUGACACUAGGUUCCUAUGUAAUUUAAGAAUGGUGUCAAGAAAAACUUGAACCAUUUGAGAUGUUGUAUAGGGGUGGGAUAAGGCUAAAAAAUGUGCAUACUUGGCGUAACGAUCCACUACCAAAAAGAUUACCUCUUUCCCUCCUGAUUGAGGAAGCUUUUCGAUGAAAUCCAUUGUAAUAUGUUCACAUGCUCUAGAAGGAAUAGUCAAAGGUUGAAGGAGACCUGGGUAUGCAACAUUCUCCCCUUUGUUUCUUUGGCAAUUGUCACAUUCAGACACAAACUCUUUAACAUCUAACCAAAGACCAGGCCAAUAGAACAUUGCUCUCAGCCUUUGCUAAGUUGCAAGGACCCCUGAAUGUCCUCCCCAUGCUAUGAGGUGCAUAGCUUCAAUCAAUUUCUGCAUAUAACGUGCCAAUCCAAAUUUGCCCUUUAUGCCUUAUAAUUCCUUGUUGUAGCAACACAUCCGGUAUAGAAUUUGCAUCAAGCAACAAACUGGACAACACCUUGGAGACUUUGAAGUAUCCUUCAUAACUGUUGAGGACUUCUUGCACUCAAGCUGGUUGCACCAAUGUCAUGGCUUGGCAAUCAACAUUUUUUUUUUUUUUUUAAAAUCUGCGAGACAGAGCAUCAACUACAACAUUUUCACUCCCUUUUGUAUAAUGAAUCUCAUAACUAAGCCCAAGUAGCUUAGUCAAGCCCUUGUGUUGCAAUGAAGUAGUCACUCUCUGAUCCUUUAGAUACUUUAGACUGAAAUGAUCAGUUUUAAUUACAAAAUGAGUUGGUUGUAGGUAAUGUCGCCAUUUCUCAAUAGCUAACAAUAAUGCAAUCAACUCCUUCUCAUAAGUAGAUAGCCCAAGAUGUUUUUACCCCAAAGCUUGAAUUAUAAAGUCUAUAGGAUAUCCCUAUUGCAUUAAAAUUGUACCCACUCCAGUUCUGCAGUCAUAAACUUCCACGAUAAAAUGCUUAGUGAAAUCAGGAAGGGCCAGAAUAAGUGUUUGUAUCAUAGCCCGCUUUAAGGCUUCAAAAGCUUGUGUUGCCUCUUCAUUCCAGUUGAAAGCUCCCUUCUUUAGUGAGUUAGACAAAGGCCUACUUAUGGUGGCAAAAUGUCGGAUGAACCUCCGAUAGUAUCCUGUAAGCCCAAGGAAACCACAAAGUGCUUUGAUGCUGUUGGGCCUGGCCCAAUUCACCAUGGCCUCAAUCUUAGAGUUAUCAGUGCUAACCCCCUUCCCAGAUAUAAUGUGUCCCAAAUAUUCAGUUUGGGAUUGACUAAAACUACAUUUGGAUAAUUUUGCAAACAAUUGAUUAAUUCGUAAAACUUCAAAUACAUUUUUUAGAUGAGCCUCAUGGUCUCCCAAUGUAGCACUAUAAACAAGAGUAUCAUCAAAGAAAACCAAAAUAAAUUUUCUAAGAUAAGGGCCGAAUACCUUAUGCAUUAGUGCCUAAAAAGUUUUCGGGGCAUUAAUGAUCCCAAAAGGCAUUACCCAAAAUUGUCAAAGGCCAUGAUGGGUGCGGAAUGUUGUUUUGAAGUCAUCCUCUUCGCACAUUCGAAUUUGAUGAUAUCCAGAACGUAAAUCGAACUUUUGAAAAUAAAUUAGCUCCAUGCAAUUCAUCCAAGAGAUCUUCUACAACCAGAAUGGGAUACUUAUUCUUAACCAUGAUGUCAUUCAAUUGACGGUAAUCUAUGCAUAUUCUCCAUGAUGCAUCUUUUUUCUUUACCAAGAUGACAGGUGAUGCAAAAGGGGACGAGCUAGGAACCACCGUGCUGGCUUGUAAUAUUUCCUGCACUAGCUUUUCAAUCAUAUUCUUUUGUUCGUAGGAGUAGUGAUAUGUCCUUUGAUUCACAACUUUUGCUCCAUGGACAAGCUCAAUAAUGUGAUCACACCUCUAUCUAGGAGGUAGCCCUUUGGGUUCUUGGAAUACAUCUGCAUAGUGCGUUAGCAAUUUGUUAAA